GUGCUUGUCUUUGACUAUAUUAUUUCCAUAAUUUGUUUCUAAAUCGUCUUCGUCAACAAUCCCUGCUCUUCCUUCUAUUUGGGUUGAGGAUUUUCUCAGAAUUCAUCCUACAACUAGGGUUUUGGACCGUUUUUCGUUCGGUUUUAUUGCUUUAUCAGGAUUCAGAAGCCUCGUAGUUUAGUUGAUUCUUGAUUUUCUCAUAAUUCAGGACAACUUAAUCUUUGAAAUGUUGGCUGUGGUCCUCCGAACAGCCCUUGAUGCAAGCGGGAUUUGGUUUUUGUGCAGUGUAUGCCUCGAAACCUGGUGUCAUUUGAUGCUCAAAAAUUGAAGUAACCCACUAGAAUAUCUUUGGGGAUGAAAAGUGCCAGAGAUUGGGUUUUCUCUCAGUUGAUGUACAAGUCACUGGUCUCAUUAAGGCUAUUAUCAAGCAGUGGUAAUGUCUAUGAUGAGGGACAUCAGGGUGAAGAAUAUGUUGAUCAAGGUUCAACCCACUCAGCUAGUUUGGUAGUGUCACCAGAUCCUUCUAAUUUGUUGAACUUGUCUAGUGGUAAUCAGAGCAAUCAGCAUAGUAGCACCUUGCAUCAGGUUUCAGAUAUAGGACUUUCCCAAUAUCAACACAACAUCAAUGGAGGACAGAAGGAUACUUUGGCAAAGAUUGAGGACCUCCGAGUUAAAUUCUUCCGCCUGCUUCUGCGCUUUGGUCAGUCGGAGGAAAAUCUCCUUGUUGCAAAGGUUCUUUAUCGUAUGCACUUGGCAACUGUAAUUCGUGCUGCGGAAUCAGAUCUGAAAAGAGUCAGCCUUGGUAGAAGUAGAGCACGAGAAAUUGCAACCCAACAGGAAGCAUCUGGUCUUCCUGAAUUGGAUUUCUCCUGCACAAUACUUGUUCUGGGAAAAACUGGAGUUGGUAAAAGUGCUACCAUAAAUUCUAUAUUUGAUCAAACAAAAACCAUUACUGAUGCAUUUCAACCUGCUACUAAUUGCAUCCAAGAAGUUGUGGGAACUCUAAAUGGGAUUAAAGUCAGAGUUAUUGAUACCCCUGGUCUCCUGCCUUAUUCUGCUUGUAAUGUAAAGAGAAAUAAGAGGAUCCUGCAUUCUAUAAAGAGAUUCAUUCGAAAAUCCCCACCAGACAUUGUUUUAUACUUUGAACGACUGGAUUUUAUGAAUGCUGGAUAUAAUGACCUCCCCCUUUUGAGGCUAAUAACUGAAAUAUUUGGCUCGGCAAUGUGGUUCAACACCAUCCUUGUCAUGACUCAUUCUUAUUCCGCAAUUCUGGAAGGACCCGAUGGAAAAAUUGUUAAUUUGGAUUCAUAUGUUUCUCAAUGUACUAACUUAAUGCAGCAUAAUAUAAAUCAGGCAUUGUCUGAUACAAGACUUGAAAACCCUGUCCAUUUGGUUGAGAACCAUCCCCAGUGUCCAAGAAAUGUUAUGGGGGAGAAAAUUCUUCCAAACGGACAGGUUUGGGUAUCUCAACUCUUGUUAUGUUGCAUUUGCACCAAAGUCUUAGGUGAUGUCAAUUUCCUCCUUAAAUUUCAAAACAGUCUGGAACUGGGGCCUGUACGUGGUGCUCGAGUACCUUCUCUGCCCCAUCUGGUCUCCACCCUUUUGAAUCGCUCAGUACCCAGUCCAAGUGGAAUGGACUAUGAAAUUGAUGAAAUUUUACUCUCAGAUUUGGAGCAAGAAGACGAAUAUGAUAAAUUACCGCCUAUCCGAAUAUUGUCAAAAUCUGAAUUAGAAAAGUUGUCCAAGUUGCAAAGAAGAGAGUAUCUGGAUGAGCUAGAUUACAGGGAGGCUCUUUACCUAAAGAAACAUUUGAAAGAAGAGUCUCGUAGACACAAGGAGGAGAUGAUAUUGAAAGAGAAAAAUUUGUCGGAUAGUGAGCAUCCUGAUGAUCAGCAGGCAUCUUCAGAGCCUCUUCUAUUACCGGAUAUGGAUCUUCCUCCAAGUUUUGAUUCAAAUUGCCCUCUUCAUAGAUACCGCUACCUUGUGACAACUGACCAAUGGCUUUCUAGACCUGUUCUUAAUCUCCAUGGAUGGGAUCAUGAUGUGGACUUUGAUGGUAUAAACUUGGAGAUAGCCACACAAAUGAAGAAGAAUGUAUUUGCUUUGGUUACGGGACAGAUAAAUAAGAACAAGCAGGAUUUUAGUAUUCAAUCUGAGUGCACUGCAACUUAUGUGAAACCUAAGGGUCCUACGUAUUCCAUAGGUGUUGAUGUUCAAUCUGCUGAUAAAGACUUGGUUUGUACAGUUCAUAGCAACACCAAAUUUAGAAGCAUAAAGCACAAUAUCACUGAAUGUGGAGUCUGCAUUACAUCUUUCACAAAGAAUCAUUAUCUGGGUGCAAAGAUUGAGGAAAAUGUUUUACUUGGGAAUCGACUAAAAUUCACCAUGAAUACCGGACAAAUGGUGGGUGGUGGACAAGUUGCCUAUGGUGGUAGUUUUGAAGCUUCUGUACAAGGGGGAGAUUAUCCGGUUAGAAAUGACAAUGUUAGUCUGACAAUGACGGUCCUUUCCUCCAAUAAGGAGACGGUGUUGAGUGGAAGCUUAAAAUCUGAGUUUAGGCUGAGUCGAAGCAUCAAAGCAUCUGUUAGUGCUAAUCUCAACAGUCACAAAAUGGGGCAGAUGUGUAUAAAGACAAGUAGCUCUGGGAAUUUACAAAUUGCUCUUGUUGCAAUUUUCUCAAUUUUCAAGAUGCUACUGCGUGGAAAGACAACUGAGAAGAUUAGCAAGGAAGAACUUGAAGUGGUGAACUAAUCAACACCCAAGACUUAGACCUGGACGUCAUUGCCCCAGGGAAAGAAGGUUAGAAAAGUUCAUAGUCAUAAUUCUUUGUAAAGGUUAUGCAAUUAAUGUUCUUUCUUCAUGCUUGAGAAGCCUAUUUUGGGAAGUGUAAUAGGUAAGACCACCGGCUUUAGUCAGUAGCUUGUUGAUAAUAAAUGAUAAUAUAGCUGAGGCCAUUGAGAUUUAUAUAAAGUAAAAUAAAGUCAUGACUGUAGAGUCAAGCAGAGGAAAGGUUUUUGUUGGUUUCUUUUCUUUUGGUUUUUUUUCCCCUUUUGUGAUUUGUUUUAAAAAAAGUUGAAAUAUGAAUUUUCUUACAAAACGGAAAUUUUUCUUUUAGCCCGUGCAAUUUGUAUAGUUUGUGCAGGUAGUUUCUUAUAGUGCCUUGUAGAAGCAUGCUUCCAUCUCUUUUCCUUGUAAUGAAUGACACUGACCUCUUAUUGAGAUUUAACUGAAUUUUACUUUGAGAGUUGUCUUGUUUCAAA